AUGAGCUCGUUUGGUGCGAGACGAAAAGCAAAGGUCAUCAAAGUCGACUACGAUGACGACGAGAGCAGCGGAGAUGCGCCGCCUGCGACAGAAGGUGGAGGUCUGAAAGAUGACGGCGCGAGGCCAGUGUUUGCAUCAAAAUCCAAUCGAAAGCCAUUGCGUCAAUCCGGACUGCGCAAUGCCCUAAACGCACGAGACGAGGAGGCGUCGGGCGGCAGAGACGAGAUUUCGCAGGGCAACGACGAAGAUGACGACGGGCCAGUAGUUGUCCGGCCGAGUAACGUUCGGGCGGGCGCAUCGAAACAGAAGAAGAAGAUUGCAAUCUCGAAAAUCUCGUUUGGUGGCGACGCGGGCCAGGAGGAUGACGAGGCGAGUAGCGAUUUCGCUACCCCAAGAAAGCCGGCAACGGGACCGAAAGUUCUCCCAAAUUCCAUCAAGCGAGGCAUUGGUGCUAGAGGAUUGCCGCUACCGGUUCGAUCAUACCAGGAGGACGACGACAGGCCAAGAUACAGCAAAGAGUAUCUCAGCGAGCUUCAGUCAUCAACGCCUAAUACCCCCAGUGACCUCUCAUCCCUAAAGGCGAACCUUGACGACGAAAUGGAGCUCGAUCCCUCAGAACUAGAAGGGGCCUUGAUAGUGGAAUCCCCGAUACCAACAACCGUCAGCCAGCCACAGACCACGCAGAUCCUUACCGAAGCCGAGAUUCGCGAGAGGAAAGAGCGGAGAGCUCGAUUAGCAAAGGAAAAGGACUUCCUAUCCAUGGAGGAUGAGGACGAUGGCUUGUCGAGUCGGAAGAAGAAAGACGAGACUCGAUUGGUUGCCGAAGACGAGGACCUCGGAGAAGGCUUCGACGAAUACGUUGAAGACGGUGGAUUGUCACUAGGCAAACGCGCAGAAAAGGAGCGCCGAAAGCAAGAGCGUCAAAAGAUGGCCGAGCUCAUCAACGCAGCCGAAGGCAAUGCCUCGGACUCUUCGUCAGACAGCGAUGCGGAGCGACGAAUAGCCUACGAAAGGGCGCAGACGCGUGCGGGACUGGACGGGCUUAAGAAGCCGAAAAAGGAUCCCAACGAAGAGCUGUUGCAGGUCCCUCCCAAGAUUACACCGUUACCGAGCCUUGCGGAAUGUUUAGUGCAGCUGCAGGCGACGCUGAAGACGAUGGAGAUGAACAUCCAGACCAAGGCGGCGACGGUGGCGCAGCUUACCCGCGAGAGAGACGACAUCAUCCAGAGGGAAGCUGAAGUACAGGCGUUUUUGAACGAAACGGGCAAGAAGUACGAGGAGGCCAUGGGACGGAAACCUAAUCCUGCUGACGGGGUGGCCGGUGCGCUGGCUGGCGAGAGAGGGCUGGAGAGCUUGGGAGCGACGCCAGUCAAUGAAGUCCAUAUGGAGGACGUGGCAUGA